CCGACCCCAGGGACGGCGGGGACCCCGGAGCCUGGGUCGCCACAUCCUGCGGGCGGCAGGAAGGUGGUCUGGCAGCUCCUUCCGCCUCCAGGAGGGGCCGUGUGGAGGCGGCCGGCUUUCCCUGUGCACAGGGCUGUGUGCUGUCUGCAGCGGGGCCAGCAGGCCGUCCCUGAGUUCCUGCGGGCUGGCCGGGCUAACUGUUGUCGCUGGACAGCUGGCCGUCCGAAUCUGAAGGAGUGGCUCAGGGAGCAGUUCUGCGACCACCCGCUGGAGCGCUGUGAGGACACGCGGCUCCACGACGCGGCCUACGUGGGCGACCUGCAGACCCUCAGGAGCCUGCUGCAGGAGGAGAGCUACCGCAGCCGUAUCAACGAGAAGUCUGUGUGGUGUUGCGGCUGGCUGCCCUGCACGCCGCUGCGGAUUGCCGCCACCGCAGGCCAUGGCAACUGCGUGGAUUUCCUCAUCCGGAAGGGGGCCGAGGUGGACCUGGUGGAUGUGAAGGGACAGACCGCCCUGUACGUGGCCGUGGUGAACGGGCACCUGGAAAGUGCCCAGAUCCUUCUUGAAGCGGGCGCGGACCCCAACGGAAGCCGGCACCACCGCAGCACGCCUGUCUACCACGCCUCCCGCGUGGGGAGGGCCGACAUCCUGAAGGCUCUCAUCAGGUACGGGGCCGACGUGGACAUCAACCACCAGCUGACCGCUGACGCGCGGCCGUCUUUCUCGCGACGCCUCACCUCCUUGGUGGUGUGCCCCCUGUACAUCAGCGCAGCCUACCACAACCUUCAGUGCUUCAAGCUGCUCCUGCAGGCCGGGGCCAACCCCGACUUCAACUGCAACGGCCCGGUCAACACCCAGGAGUUCUGCAGGGGCUCGCCGGGCUGCGUCCUGGACGCCGUCCUGCGCCACGGCUGUGAGGCCGCCUUCGUCAGCCUGCUGGUGGAGUUCGGGGCCGACCUGAACCUGGUGAAGUGGGAGCCCUUGGGCCCGGAGUCGAGAAGCAGGAGGAAGGUGGACCCCGAGGCCUUGCAGGUCUUCAGAGAGGCCCGGAGUGUUCCCAGGACCUUGCUGAGCCUGUGCCGUGUGGCCGUGAGGAGAGCUCUCGGCAAGCGGCGGCUGCGUCUGAUUCCUGUGCUGCCUCUGCCAGACCCCAUGAAGAAGUUCCUGCUCUAUGAGUGAGGCCGAGCACAGCGCUGGCUGCAGGAGGAGGAGGGCGGUCCGCGGAGGAAGCCGACGCUGACUCACCCUGGGGACCGUACCCUGUGCUGCCCACGUAUCCCGUCCGGCCCUGGUCUCACGGGUUGUAAUCCAUGGCAGGUGCUCGGGCCAUUGAGCAGUCUUUGGGUCUUUGUUGGCCUAGAAGCUCAGACAAAACUUAACUUUGUCCUUCCCGAGUGUGCGCUUUGGGUUUCGCAGUUGUGUGUUGGUGACGGCCGUGAGACGUGUGCAGUGUGGGCCGCAGGUGGAGCUGCGUUGAUGUUCCCGCUAGGGAGGACUCCUAGCGCUUUCCAGAACUGUGCUUCUAUUUAUUUAUUUACUUCUCGUUUUAUUGUUUGAUUAAAGCCUCCUAGUAUCUAAAUGAAAGGGAGUUUUGGUUAAAAAAAAAAGAAGUGGAGAACCAAGGCUCA